UGCAGCUCUCACUCUCUCCCUGACCACUCGCUCUCUCUCCCCGACAGCUCUCGCUGUCUCCGACCCCGACCGCUCGCCCUCUCGUCGGCCAGUCGCUCGCCGACCAGUCGCCACCCUCUCCCUCUCGUCGGUGUCUUCCUCACCGCAGUCUUGCACCUCACCACCCAUAACCCUAGCAGCCCGCCUCCCUCUCGUCGGUGAAAGGUGACAUUUUUACCAGUUGGGGUGCUCGAUUCGUGGUGGCGGUGCUCGAUCCGUGGGCGGCGGUACUCGAUCCGUGCUGGAGCAGCGGGAGGAGGAGGCCAAGGUGGAGAUCGUGGUGCGGGAGGGGGAGCUCGGCGAGACGGCGGCUGGAUCUGAAGCGCGGAUGCUCCACCUUCCUCAGGGUGGCGGGGAUCUCCGACUCGCUGCAGAGGAGAAGGGCCCGACCGCUGGCGUCAUCCGCCGCUUCCUCAGGGUUGGCGGCGGCGGGCUGCGUUCCGGCGGGAGGGCCGCACGUUCAAGGUGCUGCAGGUGGCGGACAUGCACUACGCGGACGGGCGGAGCACCGCGUGCGAGGACGUGAUGCCCGAGCAGGUCGCCGGCUGCUCCGACCUCAACAUCACCGCCUUCCUCUACCGCGUCAUCCGCGCCGAGGACCCCGACCUCGUCAUCUUCACGGUUCACUACUCGAGGCGCUGGGCUGCGGCUUCAUCGAGGCGGACGACAACCACUCCCGUGCAAAUAAAGGCGAGCAUUCAGGAAAAGAACUCUUUGUGCAAUGAGCAUCCUUUUCUGCUGGAAUAUCAACUUUUUUGGAUGCUCAACCAUCAAUAAACAUAUUGGCUGAACUUCAGGAAAAGGAUGCACCGAAUCUUAGUAAGCGGAUACUCAUAGCCGAAUUCUUUUGGAUGCACAUAUAGUUUGUCUAGCAACUUAAAUAAUGACAGUAAAUAAACUCUCAAUAGCACUGUCCAGUAAUUGAAAAUAAAUUACACCUUUUCAGUUAAUUUAAAUUAACUGAAACUUUUUGUACUCCCAUGAUCAGUGUUACUGUACAGUAAUUCACACCGAAUUUGUAA